AGUUCCCCAUUGAGUCACAUUGAAGCUGGAAGUGACUUAGAAGCUCUCGUUAUCUUAUCCCUCUGUGUGGUGACUGCAGUCUGCAGCAGAGCGCAGUCCGCCGCCGGAUUUACGAUCAACAUCGCUUUGUUUUUUAUUUUUUGCGUUAAAACACCGGAGAGUUCAUCAUGCCUCGGUCAUUCCUCGUGAAGAAGUAUUAUUCAAACAAGAAGCCUCACCACAGGGAGACUCACCUGGAGAGCCAGACCGCUUUUGUCCCUGAAAGUUUUCCCCGGGCUGAACUUCCAACGCAGAACAACAGCUCUGCCCUGACCUGCUAUCCCAGCAGCCCCUUCUUCAGCAGCAGCAGCAGCAGCAGCAGCAGCAGCAGCAUGGACCCACUGCCCGCACCUCUCUCCCCAGUCACCCCGGUCUCCCUGCCCCCAUCACCACUGGGUCCUCUGGACCUCAGCAGCUCGCCCUGCGGCAGCUCGCCCUGCAGCAGCAGCAGCAGCAGCGGCAGCAGUAGUGGUGAGGAUGAGGAGGACAGUGGGCGCAGUUCGGAUCCCCCCAGCCCGGACGUCAUGCAGCACCUCUACCACUGCCUCCAGUGCAGUAAGAGCUACACCAGCCUCUCUGCACUGUCCCACCACCAGCUCACCCACUGUGCCCCUCCCUCCCUGCCCGCCGAGGUGUCCGCACGCCCGGCCUUCCACUGCAAAAACUGCCCAAAGGAGUACACCAGCCUGGGGGCGCUGAAGAUGCACAUCCGCUCGCACACGCUGCCGUGCGUGUGCCCCACCUGUGGCAAGGCCUUCUCCAGACCGUGGCUGCUCCGAGGACACAUCCGCACACACACAGGUGAGCGUCCCUUCGCCUGCCAGCACUGUAACCGGGCCUUCGCCGACCGCUCCAACCUGCGCGCCCACCUGCAGACCCACUCCGAGGUGAAGAAGUACCAGUGCGGCUCCUGCUCGCGCACCUUCAGCCGCAUGUCGCUGCUGCACAAACACAACGUCUCUCGAUGCUGCUCCGCGUCGUAAAGGCACACAAUUCCCCCCGGACUGCUGCUCUUUGGAGCUGCUUUGCUGACUCUGAUCCCGCUGCCCCCCCCUCCCUCCCCUCACCGAGAGAUUGAUCAGCUCAUUUCAAAAAGCCAUGUUCUGUUGCUUUAAGUGCCCUUUUCUUAAAAAUCGCUGUAAGUUUAUCUCUUUUUAGGUCGUAUGAGUUUAUCUGCAGCACAUUUUUGCUGCGUCAACUGUGUGUGUGUGUGUGUGUGUGUGUGUGUGUGUGUGUGUGUGUGUGUGUG